AUGACAAAUAUUGCAGGCACGUUGGUGGAAAGAGAUAAUAAUAGAAGAUCCAAUGAGGCAAGAAGGGUCCGCUAUAAGAGAUCAUCAUCAUGGGCUGAUCUUCCGCAAGAACUUCUUGAGAUUGUUUCUAAGAGUCUGAAUAUAGUAGACUAUCGAAACCUUGGUCGCGUUUGCAGAAGCUGGAGAUUGUUUUAUUCAGAAUUUAAGCAGAGUUUUUUGACAUCUCAUUCACCACUUGUUGCUCAUGCAUCAGGCCGGGUUAACAAGUAUUGUUAUUUCUUUGACCUAGCUACUGGAAUGGAAUACAAGAGAAAGCUGCCUCGAUAUAUUUGGGACUUCAAGUUCUGUCUUGGUGUUUCAAGUGGGUACUUAAUCUUGUUCUGUCUCAAGGCAGAAGAUGUUUCAAGAGGUUGUUUAUGGGUUAUAAAUCCUUUUACAGGACAUCAAAUCCAAUUUCCUUGCAUGCCCCGGCCUCCUUGUAGUUGUAUUAUGGAUUAUGAUUGUGAUGACCGUGGCAUCUUUGCUUCUCAAGGUCAAGAUUUUCUUAUUAUGAUUCUUUCUGAGUAUGGCUCAAGCUUGCAGUUAUGUACUUCCAGAGAUAAAAAGUGGAAAGAAUACCAUUAUGAUAACAAGGGUUGGCAUAUAUUGGAUAUAAUUGUUUUUGAUGGUAGGAUAUAUGUUCUAAACAGUGAUUCUCAGAUUGGGAUAUUCAACCUGAGAUGUUGUGAUUUGAGGUUUUUGGAACUGAAAUUUGCACCUCAUAUCGGCCUUUUUUUUGAUCAGCAGGUUAGGUUGGUGGCUUCAAAUGAUCAGUUAUUUGUAGUUGAUUCUCCUGAACUUUACAGAAUAGACUUGUCAAGGAUGGAAUGGGUGAAGCUGUAUGAUUUAGGUGAUCAAGCUUUGUUUCGUGGCAAAGAUGGACGGGUGUGUUCCAAGGCUUCUUUAGCAUUUUGGACAGUCCCAAGGAAAAUUUCAGAUUUAGCUGAUCAGCUAGUUUGGACACAAACUGACUUUCGAUAG